GACUCUGGGCGGCCAGCAUAGGCAGGGUCAGGAGGUGACUUCCGUGCCCCGUGGCACUGCCACCUUGGCCUGGGCAGGAGGACUCCGCUCCUCUCCCACCCACAACCUCUCCUUGCUGUCCCAACCCCGUUGCUAGAAAUAGAGACCAGAGUUCUCCUUCUGGCCCAGAGACCCUGGAGAAAUGACCAUCAGAACUCACAGCUGUCUGAUGAAAACUUGCAGCAGAGGUGGCCGGGCAAGCUAGAAAGACUAGAGGUAUGGGGAGAAUCGCCCUCCCCACCUAGCUCGUAUGGAGUCCCUCCCCUGAGCCCCAGACCUUGGGGACUGAGCAUGUGAAAUCAUUCUCUUUCUUGCAUCAUGCGUGUCCACAUUGCCCCCCCCCACCCCCCUACCCCACCUCAAACUCAGUGACCAGGGCCAGAUGGUGAAACCUGAGCUGGGGUGGGGUGGGGGGGACCUCCACCCCUUCCCCUGCAGGGACCUGAUGGACAGCACAGCUGGCCAAUCCUGGGGCUCAGAGGGUAGGUCUGCUGGCUGACCACUAGGUGAGGGAGCCCCAGGUUGCGGCUCUAAAGAGGCCCCAGUCAGUAACCAACCAUGAGCUGUGAGGGUCAAACCCGCAGACUACGCUAAACUCAGCUACCCAUAGGACCAUCCACCUACUGCCUUCCUGAGUCCCAGGAAAGAGAAGACAGGUGGCUCUACCCUUGGCCAAGGGUAGGUGUGGCACCGCUGUCUGCCUCUGCUGCGCCCUCAUUGGCCUCCACGCAAUCAGAUCAACAGAAGGAGCAACUGCCAUCCAAGGCUCCUGACCCAACCCAGGGCCAUUCACCAGGAGCAUGGGGCUCCCUGAUGGCCAGUGCCAGCUGGUGCUGCUGUGGGCACUGGUGUGGGCACAGGGGGCAGGGUCUGUCUGUCCCUCCUGCGGAGGUCCCACACUGGCGCCCCAAGCAGAACGUGCUCUGGUCCUGGAGCUAGCCAAGCAGCAGAUCUUGGAGGGGCUGCACCUGACCAGUCGUCCCAGAAUAACUCACCCUCCACCCCAGGCAGCGCUGACCAGAGCCCUCCGGAGACUGCAGCCAGGAAGUGUGGCUCCAGUGAAUGGGGAGGAGGUCAUCAGCUUUGCUACCAUCACAGAGCCUUCCACUUCCGCCUGCAGCUCCGUGCUCACCUUCCACCUGUCCACAGCUCAGUCCCGGCACCUGUACCACGCCCGCCUCUGGCUGCGUGUGCUCCCCACCUUUCCCGGCACUCUUUCCUUGAGGACCUUCAGGUGGAACCCAGGCAGGAGGCGCCGAGAGUCGCGCACCCUCCUGGCGGAGCACCAGAUGACAACCCCAGGCUGGCACGCCCUGACUCUGCCCUCUAGUGGCUUGAGGGGUGAGGCGUCCGCUGUCCUGAAACUCCAGCUGGACUGCAGACUCCCAGGAGGCAACGCCACGGCUGCCCCACAGCGGCUCGUGGACACGGCGGGAGAUGAGCGGCCCUUCCUGGAGCUUAAGAUCUGGCCCAAGGGGCCUGGAGCAGGCCGCACCAGGAGGAGGACCCCUACCUGUGAGCCCGAGACCCCCUUAUGUUGCAGGCGAGACCAUUAUGUAGACUUCCGGGAACUGGGAUGGCGGGACUGGAUCCUGCAGCCGGAGGGGUACCAGCUCAAUUACUGCAGUGGACAGUGCCCCCCUCACCUGGCAGGCAGCCCGGGCAUUGCUGCCUCCUUCCAUUCUGCUGUCUUCAGCCUCCUCAAGGCCAACAACCCUUGGCCCUUGGGUACUUCCUGCUGUGUUCCUACUGCCCGAAGACCCCUCUCUCUCCUUUACCUCGACCGUGACGGCAAUGUGGUCAAGACAGAUGUGCCAGAUAUGGUGGUGGAGGCCUGCGGCUGCAGCUAGCAAGAGGACCUGGGGAUUUGGAGUGAAGAGAUCAGUUGGGGGUUCCCAGGCAAAGGGCAUCUGUGGCUGGAGACAUUAGAUUCCUGAUCCACAGCCCCACCCAAUGGGUGGGGUGGCAGUAUGACUGGGUUGACCCCUAGGGGACCUGAAUGGGCACAUGCUCGUCCAGACUCUUGCCUAUUCCAGGUUGAUGUGUGGGGAGAUGGGGAAGGUGUGUCCUCUAAAGGAAUCUACCCAGAAAGCAUGAUUGCUUACUCUAACCCCUAUGAAAAGAUGGCAGAGGUGAGGGAGGGACAGAGGGAGGGAAGGAGAAGGCAGAGAAAAAUUACUUCGUUUUUCUCAAGAAGAGAAAGUCCUCAAGUGAGGGGAGGAAGAAGCAGACCAAGAUCCCAGCAGGCUUGGGACAGGGGAAACAGGCUGGCCGGUAAGAACUUUGGAAGAGCUCUAAGGGAGGGUCAAGAAAGAGAUAGGCAAGGGGCUAAGAGGAGGUGUUUGGGAGAGCCCCAGAACUGGGAGUCAGGAGAAAGGGGUGCUGAGCCCAAGAAGUUCCCUGUUUUUUUUUUCCCCAGUGGGGGACAGGACGCACUGGGGAGACAAAUGUUUAUACUUUCCUAAUAAAAAUGAGGGGAAAACCCAACAAGUAUGAGUCAUAAAGAAGGGCUGGGGUGAUAGUCUAAAGGGAUAGGUUUUCAAGGUAAGGUCUGGGGACCCCUGAAAGGUCCCUUGAGACCCUUUCAGGAGUGUUCACAAGGUCAAAACUACUUUUAUAAUAACACUAAGAUGUUAUUUGCCUUUUUAAUUUUCAUUUUCUUAAAAGUAUACAGUGGAGUUUUCCAGAGGCUAUGUGGCAUGUGAUUACAUCAUCUUUCUGACAUCAUUGUUAAUGGGAUGUGUGCUUGUGUACUCUUGUGUUACAAACUUUUUUUUCAGUUUAAUUUCUAAUAUAGUACAUUGAUAUGAACCACACAAACAAAAAUUCAAUAAAUGUUAAGAGUGUAA